GCCAACUGUGGUGAUUAUGUAGUCGAGUUUUGGUUUGAAAGUGGAAAUAUGAGACUUGAGGCACAAAAAUCGUUGGUACACCGUAUCAUACAUCGCUUGAAAGAUGUAAUGCCACGUUUUGUCACCUAUGGUAAUCAGGACCCUCUAGUUGAGCUACCUGAACAUGACACUGCAAUAUCAGAUACCAUGCUUGUGAGAAGCAAUCCACCAUCUCAAUCAACUAGUGAUUUCAAUUUAAAUCUGAUUAACCAGACAGUUGGAAAUGCUAUGGAUGGGCAAUUGCCUAUGCAACAGUUUUCUUUUGUCGAUCAGCUACUCUACACUGGAGUUUUAGAUGCCAUGCCCACACAAGGCAAUCUACAAGCUCAACCAACUGAUGCUUUUGGUCCUAAAGGGAAAACCUUUGUGGUUAACCCAGGGGAUGGGAAUGUUUUGCAAUGGCCUCAUGAACAGGGUCCUCCUAUUAAGCCACAUGUAAGUGUAACUUCAAAUAUCAAGACCUCGGGAGAGAAUAUAGUGGCUCCACCAAUUGUUGAUUUCAAUUUGAAUGGAAGAAUAUCCUCUAGUGGGAAUAAUCAGAUAGCUCAAUAUCAUGUUACAGAUAUACAAGUGCCUCAUAAACAGGUAGAAGUUGUAGAUGGGGAAUUAUUGGCCAAGUGUAAAUAUUGUGACUUUGAGACAGAUGGUUCGAGCAAAAAAGGGACAUCACACCUAAGAAAACACUUUGAAAAUCGUCAUAGAAAAAUUAAAAAUGUACAUCAAUCAUCAAAUCUUUCAUGUAAAAAUUUAGAACCUCAAAGUGCUUUCAAAGAAAAAUAUGUGGUGGAUGAAGGCAAGAUUCAUUUGGAUAUGGCAAGGGUAAUCAUUAAGUACAAGCUUCCAUUGAGCAUAAUUCAUGAUGAACAUCUCAAGAAUCUUUUCAAAAUAUUGCCACCGGAGUUUGAGUUUCAAUCUGAAAAAGAUCUUGAACCUCACAUACUUCAUGUCUACAAUGAAGAGAGAGAUAAACUUUGUAGAUAUUUUGAUAAGGUUUCUUGUUGCUUUAAUCUGAUGAUUAAUUUGUGGAAGGAUGAUGCUAAGGGGAUGGUAAAUUGUUGUUUGACAGCGCAAUUUAUUGAUGAUAGUUGGGAAUUGAAGAAGAUGGUUCUUACUUUGGAAAGAUUAGAGCAUGAUUUUGAUGCAGUAUCAUUGUGUGAUAUUUUUAAGAGAGUACUUCUGGAUUGGAAUAUCAAAGAGAAAACAUGCUCCUUAACAGUCCACAGUUCCUUCUCUAAUAUUGAGAUAGAUCAUGACAAGAAAAUUUGGCCUUCUGGUAUUUUCUAUCUCAGUUAUGAUAAGUGCAUUAGAGACAUAAAUUGUAUGAUUGCUGAUAUAUCUUUAAAAAGCAUUUAUCAAGUGUACGAGAAGAUGAAUCAUCAGGAAAAUAAAUGUUAUCCUUUGAUGAAUGUGGAAUGCAGUAAUCAUUGGAGAAUUUGUAGCUUGAUUUUAGCUAUUGUUGCUAUUCUUCACCCAUCCUUGAAGCUUGACUUUGUGGAGUUUGUGUACAAGGGAAUCUAUGAGGAUGCCAUUGCAAAUGAACAUCUGGACAAAAUUUCUAAUUUUCUUAGAAGUCUUUAUGAUAAAUAUGCUAGUAGUGGCAGCAAUCACACAAAAUUUACUACUGCAAUUGGGGAUACUUGUUCUUCAUCACCGGCUAAUGCCAAUGAUAAAGUGUUGGACUCGUUUAGGAAGUAUAAAGCAUCCAAACAAAGUCGAUCAGAACUUUGUCAGUAUUUGGAAGAGGAUGAAGGCUCCUCAAUGAAAAUUAACAUUUUAAAUUGGUGGUGCAAAAACAACUCAAGAUUUCCAACAUUGGGGAUGAUGGCUCGUGACUUUUUAGCCAUACCUUUGUCAACCUUUGUGUCAAACUCUGCAUUUACCACAGAGGUUAAGAAAAUUGUUUCCAGCAAUAGUGAUCAAGAUUUGAAGAUCAUAAAUGCAAUGAUAUGCUGCCAAGACUGGUCAGCAUCAGUAAAAGCAUCAGCAGGCAGUGAGAAGAGAGAUGAAAAGUUAACGAGGAAGCUGAGAGUAUGGUCAGAAAAGGAUGUUCGGGAGUACUUGGUUUGGGAUUUUACAAAAGAGGAUUUACAGCAUUUGGGAAAUUGGGAGAAUCAUAAAAGCAAAGGACAAUUGAAAGUCAAAGAAUCAAUCUUAAGUCCUCUGUGCAUCCCUCUAGUUGAUGCUAUUAUCCAAGCAACACCGCAAGUGUAUUAUAUUGGGGAUGAGGCCAUGGAUAUGUACUUUGAUUUACUUAAGAGAAGGUCCGAAGAAAAUCCAAACAUGUUCUUGAAGCACGAUUACGUGGGUUCUUCAACAGUGAGUUUCUUGCUUAAUGGAUGUGAGCCUAUUGUGCCAAGUUGGAUCACUCCUGAGAAACAAAUCAAUACAUGCAAGUUGUUUCUACCAUUCUGUUUGUUAGACCAUUGGACUCUUUUCUAUGUCGAUAUCAAGUAUCAAAAAUUUGUAUGGUUGAAUUCACUUAGAGAUACUACAGAAGUGCUCAAUGUUACUCUAAAACAAAUUAAGAGCUGGUUUGAAAAUACUUUAUUGCCUGCCAUGGGCCUGAACAGUGCUACGAAUUGGCCUCUCGAUGUUCCAACAGAUAUUCCUAAGCAGCAGAAUGGGAUUGAUUGUGGCAUUUUUGUAAUGAAGUAUGCGGAUUGCCUUACACAUGCCAAUUGCAUUGGUUUCCCCUUUUCUCAAAAGGACAUGCCUUACUUUCGGAAGCGUAUAUUUCUUGAUUUACACAAUCAAAGAAUACAUGUUCCUGAAAGAGCAAAGCAGAUGGGAUGAUUUUCUAAUCAAUGAUCAUUUUUUUUCUCUUCUAAUACUUGUAAUGGUCUUUUUCCUUUGUUCUGAUACCAAACUGCAGAGCAAAGCUGAUGGGAUUAUUUUCUUAUUAUUGAUCAUUUUUUUUCUCUUCUAAUGCUUGUAAUAGUCUUUUUCCAAACUAACCUGCAGAGCUAAGCAGAUGGGAUGAUAUCUAAGU